CGUUCACAAGACCUGAAAAAAGCACACUGUAGUCUUUGCUAUGUAUUGCAUAUAACAACUCUCUCUCUCUCUCUCUCUCUCUACCAUCGUUAUGGUUUUGAAGAAGGCGAUGAGAAGAACAUCAUCAUCAUCGUCACGACGGCCAUCAUCAUCAUCAUAGCCGUUUAACUGCUUUCUCACGGAAAUGGCGUACCACCAUAACCAUCUCUCCCACGAAAUGGCGCUCCCGCAUUUUACAGAGCACCAGCAGCUCUCAGAAAAUGCUUCGGUGCUCCGCAGCAUCAUUCCAGACCAGUUCUCCCAACCUACAUCUGAUGCAGCGGCAGCAGCUGCUGCAGCUGCAGCUGCCGCUGGGAAAGAAGGGAAAGAUCUCCACCGUCUGUUGAUAGAAACGUCCGUAAAACCUCAACAGCAGCAGCUCAGCGGCAGUGGUCCGACGUGGCUGAACAGCGCAAUUCUCCGCCAGCAGAGCCACCACUACGCCGACGGGAGCUUCCUUCAUCUACAGACCACGUCGGAUUCGGCCCCAUCGGCAGCUUCCGUCGGUGGCGGCAGCAGCGGCGCGAGUCAAUGGCUCCCCCGUCCAAUCCUCCAGCGGAACGUGAGCGAUGUCGUCAGCGGCGGGCCGGCUGAUGAUGUACCCGUCUCGAGCGACUCGAUGAUGGCCGCCGCGAUGUCGCACGGGUCGGCCGACCUGAAUAACGCUGGCGGCGGCGGGGGGGCCGGGACGGGUCCGGGCCAGGGUCAGGCGGCGAGCAGCGCCGAGCUGGUGGAGAGCGAUGCUGCUGGUAGUGGGGAGCAGGCCGGGGACGGGGUCGCACCAUGGCAGAGCGCGCGGUACAAGGCGGACAUACUCUCGCACCCACUGUACGAGCAGCUGCUGUCGGCACACGUGGCGUGCCUGAGGAUCGCGACACCGGUGGACCAACUUCCGCGGAUCGAUGCCCAGCUCGCUCAGUCGCAGCAUAUCGUCGCCAAGUACUCGGUGCUCGGCCAUGGGAACCAGCUGAUUGUUGGUGACGAUAAGGAGCUCGAUCAGUUCAUGACGCAUUAUGUUCUAUUGCUCUGUUCCUUUAAAGAACAACUACAACAGCAUGUUCGGGUCCAUGCAAUGGAAGCAGUCAUGGCUUGCUGGGAGCUUGAGCAAUCUUUACAAAGCCUAACAGGUGUCUCUCCGGGCGAAGGCACAGGUGCAACUAUGUCAGAUGAUGAUGAUGAUCAGGUUGACAGUGACACCAAUUUGUAUGAGGGAAGCUUGGAAGGAGCUGACACCAUGGGUUUUGGUCCUCUUGUGCCAACUGAGAGCGAGCGAUCGUUGAUGGAGCGCGUGCGGCAAGAGCUGAAGCAUGAGCUCAAACAGGGUUACAAGGAGAAGAUUGUGGACAUACGGGAGGAGAUUUUACGAAAGCGAAGAGCUGGUAAACUCCCUGGUGACACUACCUCCCUCCUUAAGGCUUGGUGGCAGUCACAUUCCAAGUGGCCAUACCCAACUGAGGACGAUAAAGCAAGGUUGGUGCAGGAAACAGGAUUGCAAUUAAAGCAGAUCAAUAACUGGUUCAUCAACCAGCGGAAGAGGAACUGGCACAGUAACCCUUCGUCCUCUACUGUUCUGAAGAGCAAACGCAAGAGAAGUAAUGCAGGUGACAACAAUGCUGAACGCUUCAUGUAAGACAAUGGCGAUGGAUUCAAGUCCGGACCACAAACAAAGCCUUGCUGAUCCAGUGCUGCAAAUUCAAGACAGUUAACUGCAGAGCAAAUGCUAUAGAAAAAGAUGCAUGCUAAUCAGGUGGGGCCCACAUAAAGGCCAUGGAUGGUGGGAUAGCAAGGGCAGCAAGCGGUUGAUUUAUACCAUGACGCAGCUUGUCAAUGGGCCCAAGAACAUCGAUGCAUUCGGUUGAAGUAGUGAUAGAAGCAUUAAAUUUUUUAUGAAUAUUAAUGCCAGGACUGAGCGUUUGGCCUUUGUAUUCUUCGCGGCAUUGGGGAAUUAGGUUCUCUUUUGGGCCCUAUACAUAUCUGUGAAUAAGAACAUUUACAAGUUUUUGGGUGUACAGUGUAAUAAUUCCUUGCCUUAGUACUGCCAACAGUGCCUCUUGGUGAGCAGUGUAUGUUAAAAGUGAUGAAAUUGUGGAAUACAAAGAGAUGGAUGUUUAUGUUCUA